AUGGACGAAUUAGUGGAAAUAUCUGAUGUUGAAGAAUUUUCAUAUGACCAAGUAGACCCUGAAUUCGAAGAAUCAGAAGCAGAGUCGUUAGUAGAAGAACUGAUAGACGAUGAAGAAUUGAUCAAUGAUGAAGAAGAAAUCCCAGAAACUGCAUGUUUUACAUCCCGGUUUCGUAUAAAAAAUAUUAUCCAUUCCAGCAUACCUGUAGAAUAUCCAGCUACCUCGCCAGAAGGUGUUGCAACAGUAUUUCAUAUUGCAGAUUGGGCUGAUCCAAACCAUGCAUGGAAAAAUGUAAAUACUUCUUGUAAAUUCAAAUAUGAAAAUGGAAGUAUAUGUUCUGGAAAACCAAUUUUAUGUAAAUCACGUAUUUCUCAGGAUAUACAAAAUGUAUAUCAAUGGUUUAUUGGAUGUUCAAUGUAUCAUAUUGGAGAUCAUUGGCAUCGUUAUAUUAAAGUUGAUAGUGAAAACAUUGAUAUUGUGCUUCUUCGUGAUUUAUUUCUUGAAAAAGAAGUGAUACAAGAAGAAUUACCUUAUUGUACAACUCUAUUGCAUCGAUCAUCCAAAAGAAAAAAAUGUGAGAUUAUUCAAAAGCAUUGCCCAGUAAAAUUUUAUAAAUUUACACCACGGGAUCUUGAAGCUUGUCCAUUUGUUGCAGUAGUAUGUGUCGGAACACAUAACCAUCCACCUCCACCUCCGGAAAAAAUACCCGCUGAUAUUAAAUUGAGUCUUCAAUCUUUAAUUUCUCAAGCGAUUGAAGAAAAUGAUGUGAUUACUCCGCGAUCUAUUCAAUCAACCUAUUUUAAAUCUGAAACACUUUCCGAAGUUCACCAGUCACUAAAUAGCAUAGACAAGUUGCGUAUUUUAGUUGCCAAAGCAUAUAAAAAUAUGCAUCCUUACGGACAAGGCAUUCUAGGUGUUUUUCAUGCAGCAAAAAAUAGUCAUUCUGGAAUAAAAGACUAUUUGCAUCGUAUAGGUAAAUUAAAUAAAGUAGCGCAAAAAUUUGAUGAUACGUACAGUACCCUUAGAAUGUAUAUCACAGUUACACAUAUGGAAUAUACUAAAGAUACGUAG